AGAGAGAAAGAGAGACAGAGAAAGAGAGGAAGAGAGAGAGAGAGGUAGGGGGUAGACAAUGUGGAUCCCCUUUUCUCUGUCCCUCGAUUGUUUUCAUUCCCGAAAAUAAACUCGCAAACACAACACCCAGCGUCUGAUAAACUAGUCAUCUGAAUUUGAGAGGAUGCUCCCCAGCUCCCAGCAGACAUGCUCACCGUGAGAGAGAAGAGAAGCCCCCGGUCCUCCCGACAGGGUUCACUGCCGUUGUGUUAGCUGUUAACCGAAGGAGCUGUUUGAACGGUGGGACGGAGAGGGAGCUAGAGACUCUUCUCCAGCUGCCAUCCUACUCCUGCUCCUCCCCCUCCCCCUCCUCCUCCUACACCACCAGAACCACUUCUCUUUCUCAUCACAUCCAGAGCCUUUGGAGAUGUGAGGAAUAGAAAGAGAUUGGUGAUAUUGAGCAGCCUGUGCAUUGACACGACCUCUUGACCUCAUCUUCAGCAUGAAUGGUGAUAUGCCUCAUGUUCCCAUCACUACUCUUGCUGGAAUUGCUAGCCUGACAGACUUGUUGAACCAGCUGCCCUUGCCUUCUCCUCUCCCUGCCACCACCGCUAAGAGUCUGCUCUACAAUGGAAGGAUCUCCGAAGAGGUCAGCAACCUCCUGGUGUGCCGGGACGAGAAUCUGGUGACUCAGCUGGCCCAUAGCCUCAACCAGGUCUCCACUGAACACAUAGAGUUGAAGGACAACUUGGGGAAUGAUGAACCUGAGGGUGACAUGCCAGCGCUUCUACAAACUCUGCUGUCCAGGAACCCCAAAAUAUUUGGGGACAAAAGUGUAAUGCAACAGCCAAUGGUGCAACAGUUUAAGAUUUCUCAAAACCAGGUGCAUGGGAGUCCAGGAUCAAACUAUCAGCAAUCUCAGAGCCCAGCUGGAUGUUUUGCAUCGCCACAGUCUGGAUCAGGUGCUCGGUUCGUCCCCCAGCAGAACAGCCCUAUACCCAGUCCCUACACCCCCCAGAGUCCUGCAGACUACAUGCAGUACAAUCCACCCAGUUAUUCCCAACACCAACAGACCCAGCAAGUUCGAACCAUCCAUGACAACAAGGUCUCUGGUCAGCUGUCAGGUACUUCAUCUAAUCAUAAUGCGAGACUAGGCUCAGAUGAGGACUACAUCCACAUGGCCCACAGACUGGGGAAUGAGGUAAAUGACCCCUCCAUGAGGGCCUUUCAAGUGAAAUCCCCACAGUCUGUGUGUUCCCCUGCUGGGAGUGAAGAGGCUGCAAAAAGGUCCAGGCCUCCCCUCAUCAUGCAGUCUCCUCCCCCCGAUGGGCCCCCAGGUGCAGCAGCUGACGUGCUCCUCAGCUCCGGGGACCGCAAAAAGAAGCAGAAGGAAAGGAGUAGAGAAGAAAAUGAGCACACGGAAAAAAAUCUCUCGUACGACAUUGUCAGUUCUCCCUCUAAACAGUCCGCCAAGCUUACUAUAAAACUGUCCCGCAUGAAGUACUCCGACUUGGAUGAACCUGAAGAACAUCCUCCCAGGUCACGGGUCGACUCAGACCGUGAAACUGAUUUGAUGUAUAAUAACAUUAAUCAGUUGUCAAGGUCUGCGCAUGACUUGUCACACAAGUUAGGUGCUGAGGAGCAGGCCAACUGUCAGCAGGUUCCUGUUCGGCCAAUCACUAAGGAGUCCGGAGGCGUCAGCGGGGUCGUGUUUGAUGACGCUGAGAUGGACACACUAACGGAGAUCGAGAGAAUAGACCGUGAGUCGGCCAGCGAGAGAGAAAGGUGGUCUAAAGAAGUUCAGGAUAAAGAUAAGCCACUGAAGAAACGAAAGCAAGACUCAUAUCCUCAGGAAUCCGGAGCUGAGUCCAAUGAAGGGCCCGCCGUGCAAGUGUGCAACGCUGACAGCAAGUUGACACCCAAGAAGACGAAUACUGCGAGUAACGGAGCCGGUCGGCCUGCUUUGAUGGUCAGUAUUGAUCUGCAGCAAGCUGGCAGAAUGAUAAGACAGCCUGUCGUGGUCUUGGAAGCACAGAAGAUGUGUGACGACCACGUACUGCACAUCAAUUCAAAGACUGAUGCAAUUGCAGAUAAAGUUGUUGAAAACGCAGAGAAAGUUGUUGAAAACGCAGAUAAAGUGGUUGAAAACAGACCUGGGAUCAUCAAACAGCAUACUGACAGCCCCAGGAAGUCUGGCUCAGAGGGGCAACCUGUAACCCCCAAACAGAAGCAGGAAAGUCGACGCGAUUCCAAACACAGACAUGACGAUAAAAAAACAGUCAGUGGCAAGGGACAAGUCGACAAACAGCCAGACAAACAGCCAGACAAACAGCCAGACAAACAGCCAGACAAACAGCCAGACAAACAGCCAGACAAACAGCCAGACAAACAGCCUGACAAACUGCCAGACAAACUGCCUGACAAACAGCCUGACAAACAGCCAGACAAACAGCCAGACAAACAGCCUGACAAACAGCCAGACAAACAGCCUGACAAACAGCCUGACAAACAGCCUGACAAACAGCCUGACAAACAGCCAGACAAACUGCCAGACAAACUGCCAGACAAACAGCCAGACAAACAGCCAGACACACCGCGGCAGAAACAUGACAAGCAUUCAGACCCACGCCACAAAGAGGAAAAGAACCACAACAGUCAUCGAUCCAACGUCGGCCAACCUGAGACUCCAAAGACCCCGAGCAAGGCAGAGCGUAACUCCAAACAUGGAGAAGACAAAGUCAGGGAGAAAGAUAGGGAUAAAGAUAAAAAUGAUAACGAAAAGGAAAAAAAUAUCGAUAAAGAAAAAGAGAGAGAUAGGGAUAAGGUUAGAGAACGAAAAAAAGAAAGAAAUAAAGAAAGAGAAAAGGAUAAGGUGCGAGAUAAAGAUAGAGAUAAGGAAAAAGACAGAGAUAAAGAAACUGACAAAAACAAAGAAACUGACAGAGACAAAGACAAAAAUAAAGAAACGGACAUAAAUAAAGAGAAAGACAAAGAGAGAGAUAAGGACAAAGAGAGAGAUAAGGACAGAGUUAAGGACAAAGAGAGAGAUAAGGACAGAGAUAAGGACAAAGAGAGAGAUAAGGACAAAGAGAGGGAAAGGAAGCACAAAAUGUCGAGGGAAAACUGCAACCGACCCUCUCCUGACGGGCAUACUAAACCUGAGAGCCCGAGAGUGAAGCAGGACGGUAGCAGAAAAUCUGCUGACCUCAAUGGACGACAGAGGAAAGAGAGUUCCGGCCCUCAAAACUCCCAAAAUAAGAAAGAGAGGAAAAGUGGGGAGGGGGUCGUUACUGGCCAAGCUGGAAACAAGCAGCAGGCUGUGGAGGCCAAACCCAGCGAAUUCCCCGCUUACCUGCUGGGGGGCAAGUCCACUCUGAAGAACUUUGUGAUCCCUAAAUUGAAACGCGAUGUGAAAGAGAAAGACCCCCAACUCCUGAGCAAACUGACCGAGAGCGAGCCCCUGGUCCGGCUGGAGAGAGUGUCGUUGGUGGAGAGUUUAAACAAGGGAGCCAAACCCCUCGUGGUGCUCAACAAACUCAGCAUCGCUGAAGUCAAAACCAUCAUCAAGGAAAGCAGGAAUUCACACAAAUCCAAGACCUCAGGGAAAGAAAUGUCUUCUGCUGAGAAGACAAACAAGCGGAAUCACAGUCUGAUCAGUAAGAAAUCCAAGUACGCUGAGUCGGAUGAUGAUGAAGAAGAUGACAAAGAAGAAGAUGAAGAUUACUCUGAAAAUGAGUCUCCAAAGAAAAGGUCUAAGAAAAGUCACGACAAACCAUCUAAGUCUGAAAAGAGGGCGGGCUCUGGAGAGCACCGGCGAAGUAGCGGUUCCCACGCUGCCCGUCGGGGGUCCGGUGGCCGCAGCCGUGAACUGAGUGAAUCAGAAGAAGGCAGCCCGACUCCAAGCCUGAGUGAUUCUGCCAGAAAAUUGAAGAAGAAGGAGAAACAGAAAAACAAGAAGGCGUAUGAUUCCAAGCUGACAACAGAGGAAAAGAUGGACUCCUCCUCAUAUAAGAGAUUCCUGGCCAAUGUGGACAGCAUUCUUGAGAGCCUCGAGGAUGUGGACCUCGCUGCUACAGAUGAUGAUGAUGGCAUACCUGAAGAGCUGUUGCUCGGAAAGCACCAGUUGAGUGAGCUCUGCAGUGAUUCCACUAAGCUCAAAGCUAUGCGCAUCUUUCACAAGUUUCCGUCUGAUAAACUGGUGAAAUUUCUGAAUAUCCUGGAGAAGAACAUUCAGGACAGUGUCAAACUUACCACGUUAAUGAACCAUGAUAAUGAUUCAUUGGACGAGGAGCGGUUGUGGCGUGACCUCAUCAUGGAGCGGGUGGCUAAGUCUGCUGAUGCCUGUCUGACUGCUCUCAACAUCAUGACAUCUCCACGCAUGCCCAAGGUUGUUUACAUAGAGGACGUGAUUGAGAGGGUGCUGCAGUACUCCAAGUACCACCUGCAAAAUUCUCUGUACCCUCAGUAUGACCCCGCCUACAGAGGGGACCCCCAUGGAGGUGCUGUGCACACUCCAAAGUCCAAAAGAGGAAAGAGUUCCAGCCACAAACAGAAGGUGGUGGUCAUGCUCUACAACAAAGUGUGUGAUAUUGUCAGCAACAUGUCAGAGCUGCUGGAGAUCCAGCUGCUCACUGACACCACCAUUCUCCAGGUGUCGACUCUGGGUAUAACACCUUUCUUUGUGGAGAAUGUCAGUGAUCUGCAGUUAUGCGCCAUCACACUAGUGACAGCAGUGUUCACUCGCUACGAGAAGCACAGGCAGCUAAUUCUUGAGGAGAUAUUCACCUCCCUGGCUAGACUGCCAACGAAUAAACGCAGCCUCAGGAGCUUUAGGCUAAACAGUGAUUCAGGAGGAGAUGUGUAUAUCCAGAUGGUCACUGCACUGGUUCUUCAGCUCAUCCAGUGUGUGGUUCACUUUCCAGAGAAGGACGGAGAUGAUGAUCAUAAUAAGAAGGUGGAUAAAGAUGUCUUCAUCACAAACUCUUUUGAAACUGCCAUGCGGACAGCUCAGAACUUCCUAUCAGUUUUUCUCAAGAAGUGUGGCAGUAAGCAGGGAGAGGAGGACUACAGGCCUUUGUUUGAGAACUUUGUUCAUGACCUGCUGUCUGCAGUCAACAGGCCUGAGUGGCCUGUAGCUGAACUGCUGCUCAGCUUACUGGGCCGGCUGCUGGUGCACCAGUUCAGCAACAAGCAGACAGAAAUGGCGCUCAGGGUGGCGUCGCUCGACUACCUCGGCACCGUGGCAUCUCGCCUGCGUAAAGAUGCUGUCAAUAGCAACAUGGACCAAAAGACUAUUGACCGCAUCCUCAAAGAGACUCAAGGCAGUGAUGAGAUCCAGCAACUCCAGAAGGCCUUGCUGUACUACCUUAAUGAAAACAUUGAGACAGAACCCUCUCUAGUGUUUGCCAGGAAGUUUUACAUUGCCCAGUGGUUCAGGGACGCUACGACUGAGGCCGAGAAAGCGAUAAAGUCUCAAAAUGACGACGAGGAAGUGAAAGGCCUUCAUCAUUCCAUGGAAGUUGACUCAACUGAGGAGAUUAUGCAGAAAUCCGAGUCACGAAAGAAAUUCCUCCGCAAAGUCAUCAGGACAUCACCGUCAGAUUUCAACUCUCUGAGGGUAAACUCUGACACGGUAGAGUAUGAGGACUCAUGUCUGAUUGUCAGAUAUCUGGCCUCCAUGAGGCCGUUUGCACAGAGCUUUGAUAUUUAUUUAUCACAGAUUCUGAGGGUGCUUGGUGAGAGUGCCAUCGCAGUCAGAACUAAAGCCAUGAAGUGUCUGUCUGAAGUAGUAGCUGUGGAUCCAAGUAUCCUGGCACGGUUGGACAUGCAGCGCGGGGUUCACUGUCGCCUCAUGGAUAACUCUACCAGUGUGCGAGAGGCGGCCGUGGAGCUGCUUGGCCGUUUUGUGCUAAGUCGACCGGAGCUCAUUGAGCAGUACUACGACAUGCUCAUUGAAAGGAUAUUGGACACAGGUAUUAGUGUCAGGAAGAGGGUCAUCAAGAUCUUGAGAGAUAUUUGCCUGGAGCAGCCGGACUUCCACAAGGUGACCGAGAUGUGUGUGAGGAUGAUCCGAAGGGUCAACGAUGAGGAGGGGAUCAAGAAACUGGUGAAUGAGACAUUCCAGAAAAUCUGGUUCACCCCCACACCCAGUCAUGACAAAAAUGCAAUGACCCGGAAGAUCCUGAACAUCACAGACGUGGUGUCUGCAUGCAAAGAUUCAGGCUACGACUGGUUUGAGCAGCUUCUCCAAAAUCUGCUCAAGUCUGAAGAACAAGCGUCGUACAAACCUGCCAAGAAGGCCUGUGUUCAGCUGGUGGAUAAUCUAGUGGAACACAUCCUGACAUAUGAAGACACUCUUGCAGACUGUGAAGACAAAGGGGUCACCUCAGGUCGUCUGGUAUCAUGCAUCACCACUCUAUACCUGUUCUGCAAGAUCAGAGCACAGCUGAUGGUCAAACACGCCAUGACUAUGCAGCCCUACCUGACCUCCAAGAGCAAUACUCAGAACGACUUCAUGGUGAUCUGUAACGUGGCAAAGAUCCUGGAGCUGGCCGUGCCUCUGAUGGAGCAACCAAGUGAGACUUUCCUCACCACCAUAGAAGAAGACUUGAUGAAGCUCAUUAUCAAAUAUGGCAUGACGGUCGUACAACACUGUGUCAGCUGUCUUGGUGCUGUUGUGAACAAGGUCACACACAACUACAAGUUCGUCUGGGCGUGUUUCAAUCGCUACUAUGGAGCUCUUGCAAAACUGAAGACCCAGCACCAAGAGGACCCCACCAGCGUCACCCUGGCUACCAACAAACCUACUCUCCUGCGCUCACUCUUCACUGUGGGGGCUCUCUGCCGACACUUUGAUUACGAUCAAGAGGAGUUCAAGGGCACUAGCAAGAUCGUCAUCAAGGAGAAAGUGUUGGAGCUUCUGUUGUACUUCACCACUCAUGAAGAUGAAGAGGUCCAGAUCAAGGCCAUCAUAGGUCUAGGCUUCCAGUUCAUCAUGCAUCCAGAGCUCAUGUUUGUUCAGGAUGUGAAGGUCCUGUAUAACAACACCCUGUCAGAGGAUAACCCUUCGGUCAAUCGGAGGAUCCAGGUGCUAAAAAACCUGCAGAUAUACCUGCAAGAGGAGGACUCUCGAAUGCAGGUGGCCGAUCGUGAAUGGAAGAAUCAGGAAAAGCAGGAGGAUCUGAAGGAAAUGGGAGACAUCUCAUCAGGCAUGAGCAGCUCCAUAAUGCAGAUCUACCUGAAGCAGGUGCUGGAGUCCUUCUUCCACUCUCAGUCCACUGUUCGCCACUUCGCCCUGAGCGUCAUCCUUCUGACUCUCAGCCAGGGCCUCAUCCAUCCUGUGCAGUGUGUGCCAUACUUGAUUGCCAUGGGAACCGACCCGGAGCCAACCAUGAAGAACAAAGCCGAUCAACAGCUGGUGGAGAUUGACAAGAAAUAUAUAGGCUUCAUCCACAUGAAGGCCGUAGCAGGGUUGAAGAUGUCUUAUCAGGUGCAACAGGCCAUAAACGGAGCCAAAAGCCCACUGCUUCGAGGUUUUCGUCCGGAUGAGACAGACACUGCUCUCUGCGCUCAUCUCUACUCUAUGGUGCGAGGGAACCGACAGCACAGACGGGCUUUCCUCAUUUCUCUGCUCAACCUGUUUGAUGACAGCUCAAAAACAGAGGUGAACAUGCUGCUGUUCGUAGCAGACAACUUAGCCUGCUUCCCCUACCAGACCCAGGAGGAGCCUCUGUUCAUCAUGCACCAUGUAGACAUCACGCUGUCAGUCUCUGGCAGCAACCUGCUCCAGUCCUUCAAGGAGUCUUUACGGAAAGAGCCUGUCAAUCAGGAAGAGGAGAUGAAGGCAAAAAAGAAGAAGAAGAAGAAAAAGAAGAAGAAGAAGCAUCAUAAGAGACAACUGGGCUCGGAUGAGGACGAUGAAGAGGAGGACGAGGAGCAGAGCAGUAGCUCCUCCAGCAGCAGCAGUGAGGAGGAAGAGGAGGUGGUGCACAGGGCGAAGAAACCUGUGGAUCAUGAUUCUGACUUUGAAGAUGAGGACGCAGUGAUGUCCCGUCUGCCCGAAAACUCCAACCCUCUUCUGGAGUUUUCCAGCUCCUCACAGGGCAUCCUGCUGCUGCUGAUGCUCAAACAACACCUGAAGAAUCUGUUCGGUUUAACAGACAGCAAAAUCCAGAAGUAUUCCCCGACAGAGUCUGCCAAAGUGUACGACAAGGCAGUGAACAGGAAGUCUAAGGUGCACUUUAACCCCGGUCAGACACUGCUCUACCUGAAGAGUGAUCUGGCCAACACGGAGCUCAGCCACGAGACCAAGAGGAAUAUUGUUAAACAGUAUUUGGAUUUCAAGGUACUGAUGGAGCACUUGGAUCGUGACGAAGAGGACCAAGAGGGUGAAGCGAAUGCAAACGCCAGAAACAAAGCCAUUACUUCACUGCUGAAGGGCCCAAAACCAGUGAACCACAACCACAAUAACCACACUGCUCCAGUGGAGUCAGAGGAGGAGGAGAGUGAAGCUGAAGAGCCCCCUGCGCGCAAACCGAAGAAAGCCGUGGAGACCCCAGAAGACACAGGCAACUUGCAGGAGAGAGUAAAGGCCAUGGACAUCAUUGCCCUCUGCUGUCCCAAAUUCAAAGACAGACCACAGAUCGCCAGGGUCAUCCAGAGGAUCAAAACUGGCUACAGCAUACACUGGAUGACUGGUUCUUACUCUGGGUCCUGGGCGGAGGUAAAGAAACGGGAAGGUCGCAAAAAGGUGCCUUGGGUUGACACCAUCAAAGAAUCAGACAUCAUUUACAAGAAAAUAUCCUUCGCAAGUGGACAAAAGCUGUCGAACAAAGUGGCACAGACGUUACGGGAUCUAUACGCUGCCAAGGACGGGGACUAAGAGUCACUGCGAACCUCCUCCCACACCCCAAACCUGUGCGGACCCAGUAUGUUACACAGAGGAAAUCAAACCUCUUUAGAUUUAAGGACCAGAAGGAGGAAAAGUAUUGUGAACUAUGAUCUGUUUAAAUACAGACAUGUUUAAGUUAAACACAAGAAAAACAUAAGAAGGAAAUGUUUGGGAAAACAUUGUGUGGGAGUUCCUUCGCUGUUGUGCAGCAACUUCGUUGUUUGAUUUUUACUCCCACUGUAUAAUAGUUUAACUAAACACAUGUUUAUAUCUGAACAUAAUUCUGUAAAAAAGUAAACUGAAUGUUGGAAAUUAGUGUUAUGAUGAUGUUCUUAAUAAAGUGUUUUUGGAGUUUAAACUAGCACCAGAUGAAUUUAUUCACUUGACCUGAGCUCCAAGAACUUUUAGCUUUCUUUUUUUUUCUUGUUUCGAACACUUUGUUGUUUACCUACACUGUGUAAUGGAGUAUCUUUGAUAUGUUUUAUUUAUGUUAAGAGCAGUGCAGUAUCUGUGCCUAUAUGCAGGGGAAGUUAUAUUGUUUUUAAUAUAGAUUUUGAUGUUAUAGAACACAGCAAGAAAAAAGUUAUCCCCCGCUCUUCUGGUGAAACAAAUACUGCAAUAAAUUUUUCUUACGUCUUU